ACCGGUGCUUCGAACUUCGCGUCCCUCGGGCCACAAUUCCGGGCCAGUAACUUUUGCUGCCACGAAGGAAGGAUGAGCUCCAAGGCCCUGUCUGCCGUCGCCCGUAGCCGCCCGCUCGCGAUCCGCGCGGCCGUCCGCGGUGGCCACCACCACGCGCCGCCGCCGCCGCCGUUCGCGCGCCUGCCCGUGCCCCACGGCAACAAGCCGCUCGAGCUCCACCGCGACUUGGUCUGGACCGACUCGGUCGCGCCCGAGCUGCUCCUCGACUUUGACUCGCCGCACAUUACGAGCGGCCAGGCCCUGCGCGCGCUCCUCGGCAUGCUUUCGAUGGUGCCCAUCUUCUUGGGCGUGCUCUACGUGGCCAACCCGGACGGCAUGCGCAAGGCCUCCAAGCGCGGCAACCACCUGCCCGACUUGCGGUGGGAAUUCGGCCAGAUCGACGAACCGGAAGGCGAGAUGGAAGAGAUGUAAGCGCGUGUCAUGCGACGUACCUCCUAUCAACAUGAAUAAUCAAACUCGGUGUGCGCGACCUCGCUCGUCGGUGGCAUGAUGAUGAUGAUGGCACACUGCAGGACCAAGACGAUACGGCAAUCGCCACGGCCAGAAUGCAUGACAGCAGGCAGAGACCUGAGCGACCCUUCUGCUCGUCAACAGCUCGCCUGUAGCAACGAUAUCCAGCAG